AUGACCGCUCGCUUACAACGUCUCAGGAAUCUCCCAAUAUCCGUCACGGGUGGAUUCUUCCUCUUCUUCACAGCAUCGUAUGGCAGCUACCACUAUAACAAGCUCAAGUCAAUACCAUUACCACCGCCCACUAUUCGAGAUCCAAAGUUCCAGCAAUUGCAAGUGUCUGUAUAUGACGAUAUUGCAAAAGGGUAUGAUGAUGCCAUUUCGUGGGAUGAGUUCUUUAUGGGACUCGGAAGGAGGAGGAAGCAAGUUACAGCACUUGCGAAGGGUCGUGUUUUGGAACUAGCAGCUGGAACAGGCCGAAACAUGUCGCUUUACAAACAUCCUCCCACCAACAGCGUGACUAUGACCGACAUAAACACCAACAUGUUGGAGGUCGCAUAUUAUAAAAUGAAAGAGACAAAACAAAACAAGGCACUACCAGAAAUCAAACUGGCUGUAGCUGACGCUUCAUCACUUCCGUUCCCAGACAACUCGUUCGACACAGUAGUCGACUGUUUUGGGCUGUGUAGUAUGCCGGAUCCUGUAAAAUGUCUUCAGGAAAUGAAUCGAGUUGUCAAGCGUGAUGGUAGAGUACUAUUGCUAGAGCACGGUACUAGUAAAAGCUAUGCAUUUAUUGCCGAGGCUUUAGAUAAAGAAGCUCACAGUCAUUCUAAACGAUGGGGCUGCUGGUGGAAUCGUGAGAUUGAAGGUCUGGUUAGGGAGGCUGGACUUGAAAUUGUGGAGCUGAAGAAUUAUCAUUUUGGAACGACUUAUUUCAUUCAAGCCAGAAAAAAGUAG